AUGAACAACUACAAUUCUCAAUGGGUCUCGUUCCACAUUCGGGGCCACCUGGACAAGGGCGACGUUCUGGUUCAGAACACUGUCAUUGAAGGCGGGGAGUUUUACGAUGUCUAUGACCGCCGCAAGUCCCUCACCGAGGAGGAAAUCGACGAAAUCGUCAUCGCUUCCGAUGGUGUCGGCGAGAUAGGGGCACAAAGCCGUCGGGGCAGCGAAGGCCGCCUCGACCUGUUCCAUGACAACGACAAGAUCUGCGAGCUGCAUUGGGAAAACAGAGGAGGAAAUUAUGUCAACGUGGUUGAGGUGUUGGACAAGAGCGACAAGUAUAAAAUCGAGCAUAGAGGAUGGAGUUCAGAGGCUGGACCUCUCGGACACGUCUAUAUGGAUAUCUUUGCAAAGAAGUAG